UUGUUUACUUUCAUAGAUGCUUUGCCAAAGGGACCUAAGUGGUGUUGUAUGAUGAUUCAGACUGAAGGCUAUAUUACUACCCAUCCUAUACACCUCAUCUGGUGUGAUGCCUUGGAGGUGAUGCACCACAUUUUUGGCAACCCAGCAUUCACCAACAACAUGGAGUUUGACCCAUAUUAG